CGUAGAGAUUCCACAGGAGAAAGUCGUGCUGCUCGGUGGAGUGAAAAUUGGGGAAAGUUGAGAUUAUUUUGCCCACAAAGUAGGAGAAAAGAGUGAAAGAGAAACGUAGAAAAAGUCGGAUUUUGACAAGUUUGUAUCGAAGUUUUGAAAUUGUGGAAAUCCUGCUUGUUUUAAGAAAUACAAAAUUUUGAACGGAACUCGAAAUUUGUGAAGUAAACCUAGAAAAAGUUGGAUUUGGACGAGAUUUUAUCAAAAUUUUAAACCGUCUGAAUUGUGGAAGUUAUUUUUGGUUUAAGAAAUAUCAAAUUUUGAGUGGAACUGGAAACUUGUGAAGUUUUACUACUUUUGAAUAACAAUUGUGGCCUGAAAAGGUUUUGGAGACAAUGCAACAUAAGUUUCUGAAUUGAUUUGGAAAUUGAGGAAGGAACGCGGAAGAAUUCUGGAGUUUUUUUAGACUGGAAACGAGAAGAAGCUUGAGUUGUGGUGGUGAAGUUGAAAAGAAAACAAAGUUUCUGGAAAUUGUUUCCGCGAAGUAUGGAGGAGAUAUUAAAAAAUUAUGUAAUGCAAGUGAUUGCGAGAACUUUACAAUAAAAUUGGAAAUUUUCAUUGGAAAUUUUAGCAUUAGAGUUUCAUCAUUACAGAAUCGCGCAAAUAUAUCUAAAUGGAAUGGCAUAAUUUUGUAUUGUUCAACUUCAAAAAAAAUCUCAUUACCGACGUUUAAGACGUAAAAUUUUAAAAAUUUUAUGAAAAAAGGAUAAAAAUCCACUUCUACAAAUUUCAAGAAGUCCACGAAGAAAAAAACAACAAUUUAAAAAAAGACCAAUUUCGUAACGAUCACUCCAUCAAAUUACUGAUUUUUAAAAAACUAAAAAUGUGAAAAAUUUAAGAAUUGUGAGAAUUUCCUAUAAACGGACAGAUGCGAAUAGAAGUUUUGUUUAACAACAAAAACAUAAAAUAUGAAAAUUCCCAAAAAUCCGUGAACAAUUUAAAAAAUAACAAUCACGCAAUAAUCGUGAAAUUUAAGGAAACUUUUGAGAAUGUGAAAAAUUUAUGAGUUUCCAUAAUUUCAAGAGUAUGAAAACUCCUAAGUCUGCGCUAACUGGACAGACGCAUGCAAAUUAAUCGCAAAUUUUGCAAGGACUUGAACGGAACCUUGUGAAAUAAAUAAUUUCGGAAAUUUUCAGAAAUUUGUUCGUGUCGUUUAAACCGUGGUGAUGGUUGUGCUUUUAGGCGACAAUAAUAACAGUAGUAGUUCCAGCAUCAUGUUGGGCUCCGGUCCGAAUCAGUACAUCCAGCCGGAUUAUUUGGGUCCACUUCCAUCCACGCUGGACUCGAAACAAUCCCCGCUCGCCCUCUUGGCCCAAACAUGUUCCCAAAUCGGAUCCGAUACGCCGACCCCCGCGACAAAAACGCUCCUCGACAACUCGUCCUCUUCCUCCUCCGGAAAACGGAAAAGUUCUACGUGUUCCGAUAAUUCGGACGCGGCCUCGUCCACGUCCACGUCCCGCCCAAAAUCGUCAUCCUCCUCGACAACGUCGUCCCAUUCUUCCGUCGCCAUGGCAACCACGACGAACACAACGACGACGCCAAAACAGAAUGGGAAACUUAGCCCGGAAAAUAAUAAUUCGAAAAUUCCCUCCCCGCCAUCUUCCAGCGUGCCGGCAUCUUUCCGCCCGUACGAAAUCACGCCGAAAGACGAAUCCAGAAAAAAUAGCGGGGGCGGGUCAACGAUAAAAUCUUCCGUACCUAAGAAAACCUCCCCAAAAUCCCCCGAGGGAAGUAGUGAUACUACCAAAUCUGUCGAAAACCACGUGACCACGGCGCAUCACAGUAGUUCUUCCAGCGAUAGAAGAAAACGUACCAGCGGGAGUAGUGAAAACGUGUCUUCUUCCUCGGUUAAAAAAUCCCGCCAAGAUUCCGGCGGCAAAGUGUCGCCAAAACAGGAUAAAGAAAAGGAUCAAGGCGCCUCCCCAAUAAUCCGAUCCGGUCUCGAAGUCCUGCAAGGGAACGAUUAUCGCAAACAGAUGACCCCAUUUUCCUCCUUUUACCCGCCCCCGCCGCCCCAUCAUGUCGCCCAAUUUGAAAAUAAUCAUCCCGCCUUCCGCCCCCUGUUCCCCGGGGGAAGUCACCUCCUCCCCCCGCAGCACCACUUUCCCCCCACGGGGUCCCCAUAUAUUGGAUAUUCCCGGGUAAAAUCGGCCUCCGGAGGGGAAUCUAUUGUCCCCGUGUGUAAAGAUCCGUACUGCGGAGGGUGUCAGUUCAGCGGAGCGGGUGGGGGCGCAGGAUCUAGUUCUUCUUCGUCUUCUUCCGCCGUCGCUUUAAUGGCGGCCGCGGCGGGGUUUUCAUUUCCCGGGGUACCUACAUCCACCGCCGGGGUAGGGUUGUCCUGCCCGAUAGGCUGCGUGCAAGCCUGUGACCACCCCAAGAUUCCAUAUUCUACGGCUGGCGGGAUGCCCAUGCCGGCCUCCUUUUUCCCCUCCCUCCUCCCGCCUUAUCCUCCCCCGCCUUCUGUCCAAACAUCGCAAUCUUCCCCGCCCGGGGGAUCCGCAUCCCGCCCCUACGUCUGCAAUUGGAUCGUGGGCGAAUCCUAUUGUGGGAAAAGGUUCGGAAGUAGCGAGGAAUUAUUACAGCACUUACGCACACAUCCCAGCACGGCGGGACCCUCGGUGGAAAAUUCGUCCUCCUCGGCGGCACUGGCCGCCGCCAUGAUGCAGCAACAGCAGGCCGCGGCAUAUUCAAGUUUACUAGCCGGAUUGGGCGGGCAUCAUAGAACGUACCCUACCCCGCCGUUGUCCCCGCUGGAUUCGGCGGGACGGUAUAAUCCGUAUGCGGCGGCGGCCGCGAUGGCAAAGGCAAUGGGGCAUCAUCACCCUGGAGGAUUAUUUCCACCGGGGGGACCCCUCGGACCUCCCCCGCCGGCUUCGUUAGCGGGACUAUAUUCUGCGUCCCCGUAUGCGGCCCUGUAUGGACAGAAGAUACCGCAAGUUCAUCCAUAAAUCCCGCCCCUAAUUGCGGGGUACGAUGAGAAAACGUGUCUUGUGUUAUGUUAAAUAUUUAAGUGUGGCGUGCUAAGUCAUUUUAAUAAUUUCUAAAAAAAAGUGUCGCGUAAUUGAACUGAAAACCUUGAGAUUUUUGGAUAAUGGCUCAAUUAUUAUUUAAAUUUGGCGCGUGUUAUAAAUUAAUGUUCGUCAUCACUAAUAACUAAACGACACCUUGAAACGUCCCUUAAGAAGAAGAUAAAUUACACUUAAUUAAGGUUCCAGUCAUGUCAUUAAGUAAUAAAUUCUGCGUCAUUGUGCGUCAAAAAAAGUGACCAAUGCCACAAAGAUUGAUCAUCUUUAAUUAAGUCAUAAAUCAUGAAAAUAUAUUUAUAUUUCCAAAAAAAUCCUUGUCACACUAUUUAGUAAAUAAUUACUUAAUUAAUUAUGCUCAAAGAUUUUUUUAAAAUGUUAUGCUUUCUUUGGGGGAGGCUCAUUUUAAAAGAGCAAAAAACCAAUAAUGUGUCAUUAAUAUGAUAAAGUAAACUUAAAAAUAAGAGUGACUGGAAAUAAUUCAUGGGAAUUUUCGUAAACUUUGUAAGGUUAAAGAAAUAUUUUUUAAAAUUUAUUUGAAUUGGAAGGGGCAGAAAUUUUAGAAAUCUAGAGUGUCUUGAUUUUCGUAAAAUUAAAAAAAAAUUGCACAGUUUACACACCUUUUACAAAAAUAAACGUGAAUCGGCCAAAUGGACGAAAAGUUCUUAGGUGUUACACAAUUAUUUGGAUCUUUGCAACCUCUUAUAAAAUGUGUAAAUUGUUUAACAUUAUUUUACAAAUUUACACAAAAUCAGGGAUUUUACAAGCUCACAUCUUACAAAAAUUUAAAUCCUUUCAUGAAGUUUUUAUCAAGUUUACAAAAAUACACGUUACAAAAAAAUGUCUCUUUAUUUUUGCAGCAUACCUUAGUUAUUUUUCCCAAUUUUUCUACACAGUUUACAAACAUCUCCGUGAAUCUAUUUAAAUAUCCAUAGUCACUGAUGACCCUUUAUAAAAUAUAAUAAAUAACUUAACUUACCUCGAAAAUAAAUAUUAUAAAUAUUAAAAAUUACCAAAAAAAUGACGAGAUUCGUUAAAAAUUAAUUUAUAAGGAUGUCACGAAGCAGAUGAAGAAAAAAACUCGAAUAAAAAGAAUUAUUUAUUCAUUACGGAAAA